ACAUUGAAAUGUGGAGGAUUAUCAGCAUACAUGGUACUUGUGUGCUAACCGCCCAAGAAAUUCAGGCAACAACCACUUGCCUCACAUUAUAUAAAUAAUAGUACAAAUUUUCUUCCUUUUCACACCAAACACCAAAUACAACACUAUACAGUCACUAUCAGUAGAAAAAGAAACAAUGGCAAGGCUAUUCUGUGCUAUGAUCAUUCUCUUGCUUGUUUUAGCAACAUCAGCAGAACCUUCUUGUAAAAUUGUUUCAAUAGGGAUAAUUACCUCUUUGUAUUACAUUAGAGGGAAACAUCAUCGAUUGGACAAGCCAUCAAACGCGUGCUGCAAAGGACUGAACGGUAUAAACAGAGAGGCAAAAAAUGACAAGGAUAUAUUUGCUGUUUGCAAGUGUAUGGAGAACGCUCUUUCACGUAUCCAUUUUGAUCUCACUCGCAUCGGACUAGCUUCACUACUAUGUCAUACACAUUCAUCUCUGGCUUCCGCUGGCCCUAAGAUCCGUAUUUGUGCAAGGGGAAUCUGAAUGUUGCAAAUGGAUGCUUGGCUAAUUAUUUGUACGCACAUUUGAUAAUGUUGGCGAUUGAUGUAAAAAUAAAACAUAAGUAAAUGAUUAUGUAUAAAGCUGCAUUCUCAUGGAGAAAUUACUAAUACUGAGAUCCCUUUCUUCUA